ACGCCAAGCCAGUCAGUACCAAAACUGCCCGUAGCGCUUGUCAAAAGCCGGUCAUUGUCUAGUGUUGAGUAUGUCGUAGCACAUUGACGUGUUCAAUCACACUACAGUUAAACUGCCUUUAUAUUUGCGUUUCAUAACCAUAUUCAGUCUGGAAUUAGCUGCGUUUAUUAUUGAUAAGCUAUAGCUAUUGCUCAAGCCCGCCGCCCUGUACGUCUCAUUGAAAGGACGCCGAUCUGGAUUUAUUGUUUGUUUCUACAGAUGUUUCAACUCUAAUAAUGCAAGAUGCAUGCUGAUGCUCGAAAGAGGCUGCUUGACUCCGCAUCACUAAUCCUUUUAACCUCCUCCAACUACUGAAAAUACUCGUGAACAGCUGAAAAUCGUUUAAAUUUUGGGGUAAAAAAUGACAGAAUAUAAGCUUGUGGUUGUUGGGGCUGGAGGCGUUGGCAAGAGUGCUCUCACCAUACAACUCAUCCAGAACCACUUUGUGGACGAAUAUGACCCAACUAUAGAGGACUCGUACAGGAAGCAGGUGGUGAUUGACGGGGAGACAUGUCUACUGGACAUCUUGGACACUGCAGGUCAGGAGGAGUACAGUGCCAUGAGGGACCAGUACAUGAGGACAGGGGAGGGCUUCCUCUGUGUCUUUGCCAUCAAUAACACCAAGUCCUUUGAGGACAUUCACCACUACAGAGAGCAGAUAAAGAGAGUAAAGGACUCUGAGGACGUCCCCAUGGUCCUGGUGGGGAAUAAGUGUGAUCUUCCGUCCCGCACUGUGGACACCAAGCAGGCUCAGGAUUUAGCACGUAGCUAUGGCAUUCCAUUCAUAGAGACCUCAGCAAAGACGAGACAGAGAGUGGAAGAUGCCUUUUAUACUCUGGUACGGGAGAUCAGGCAAUACCGGCUGAGAAAAAUGAGUAAAGAAGAAAAGACGCCACGAUGCAUCAAGUUUAAAAAAUGUGUUUUGAUGUGAAAGGGGGUGUGGAUGAUGCGUUUUAUACAUUAGUCAGAGAAAUCAGGAAACACAAGGAGAAGAUGAGCAAGGAAGGCAAGAAGAAGAAAAAGAAAUCCAAGACAAAAUGUGUACUAAUGUGAAUAAGCCCUCCCUGUCAUUAUAGACUCGAAUAAGUUCCACAACUGCAUUUUGUACAUUACACUAAAUUAUUAGCCUCUUAAGAAUACAGAAUUAAUCCUUAUUAUAUGCUUUCUUAAACGAAAUAAGCUUUAUUUCUUGUUUGGUGCCAGUUGCCCCAAAGUGUUGGUCCCUAAACACCUAUGACUUAUUUUUAGGGUGGGGUUUUAAAACUGGAUUUGCUUUGCAAGUUGGGUUAUCUAGUAGAAGUAGUAGUAUUAUUUUGUAGAUUUUUGAGAAUGAUGUGGACUUGAAAACAAGUGUGCUUUGAGAACCAUGUGAGACUAGUCAUGUAGAUGUUAAGAUAUGAAAUAAGCAUGUUUGUCACUUGACUUUACAGGGAACUGAAACUUUGAGGAAACUUUUAUUUAGGACCAACACUUUCAGGGGUAAAUUUUUGAUACAUUCACCACUGUGUAUGACCCUGCCUUGGGAUGUCACUUCCAAAAAUGAGCUGCAUGUGAACGUCCAUUUGUAGUCCAGAUUAAUUCAACCCCUCAAGCCAUUGUAAUGUAUAUUUGGUGAUAUCUUAACUGUUAAUCUUUGUUUCCCUGUUUGCAUGCCGUGUUCUGUUCUUUAAACUUUCAGGGAAUGGUAAAACAAUGUUUAAAUAUUGUAUAAUAGCAGCUGUUACAAGUGUAGAGAGCAUUUUCUCAGCAGACAGGUGCUAUUGUGUCUCUACAGCUAUUUUUAAUUGUUUUGAUUUAAUACAUUCAGCUCUGCUGGUUUAAAGUCCGAUCCAAAAUCAACAUUAAUCCUUUUAUUCCGGUGGUCAGGAUUGUGUUAAAGUUCACCCAAAAAUUGGAAAUUGGGACAAAAUUGCAUGGGACAACGGGCAAUUAUACAGUUUAGCAGUUAUUAUAGAAAAUAUUUAGCCACAGAAUGCCACAAUUGACCAAUCAGAAUCAAGUAUUCCAGAAAGCCUUGUAAACGUAUAGCAGAACUUUCUUUUCUUGGUCGAUCUACACUAGUGAAAGCCUCCUAAUGCUCACUUUUGCAUUGAGAGGUGGAUUUUAUGUAUGAAGAUUUACCCUCUUGUGCCCAGCCAAACAGCGCCUUAGAAGUCUGAUUAAUUAAAUUUUUUGGUAAAUUGAUUGAUGAAUAUAACCUGCCACUAGUUUUGAGUUAUUGUGAUUCAAAUGUAUAUAAAAAGGAAACACAACAAAUGCCUUGUUUGCUUAUGCUGCCAUAAAGACAUUCGUUCAGCUGUUUUUUUUUUUUUUUUAAGGCCCAAUUAUAGUCAUGCUUUCCAGGGAGUGCGUAAAUUGUGCAUUUGCUCUCAAAUGAGUUCCCAAGAGGCAGUUGUGUUAGUUUACUUUGGUAAAAUGUGGAUUGCUAGCUUAAUCCUGGAGGGCACAUUUUCAGCCAUCACUCAAACCAAAGAGAGUGAUAUAAAGAUGUAUUUUGUGUGGCAAUACACGUGAUGUCAUGAGAUGAUGUCAUUUAUAGGAGAUCUCGCAUAAAAGCAAAAUGUUGCUUUAAAACCGUUGGCAAACUUUUUUUACCAUGCGUCCUUAACCCCUACUACUUUUUCUUUUCCAAGUAUUGAUCCUGUAACACAAUUUGACUGUAUGAAUAAUUCUGAAUUAAAAGGUGAAUUUUAAAAUGA